UUUUUUUUUUUUUUUGUGUGUGUUUUCACCUUUUCCAUAACCACUACUUCGAUGAUUAAUGGUGUUCGGUAGCGUGCUUGAUUGGACCUGUUUAUGUCUUGAUCACAUACUGGGAUAUUAUUUGCAUUGAACUCCGUGAACCAGGAGGUGGUUUUUGACUUUUUGUUCAUAUGAUUUGGUUUUUGAAGGAUCGAUAUUCUCUUUCGCUACAUUUGUGUUAUCAUUGACACUGCAGCACUACUGCUGUUCUCUUGUUUGGUUACUGAUGAUAUGAAAGGAUUUCUUUUAUUUGCCGUUUCUCAGUUUCAUGAGACUCGUAAAUAAUUAAAUUAAUAGCUUCUCGUAAUUUUAUACCUCCAUAAUAUGUUAUUCACAUUAUGGUGCCGAGCAUUCCUUUUUUUUUUUCUUGGUUAUCUCAUCUACACACAUGAUUGGCAGGUUGAGUAGAUGGUGUAUGUCAUAUAAUAUAGGCUGAGGGAAGUCUAAAGGAAUUUUUUGUUGGACUUGAAUAGAAAAAGAAAACAAAUAUAUUGCUUUCUUGCUAACCUGAAAAAAGAAGUCAUAGCACAUCAAAAUUUUUGGUUACAUCCUGAGUCACACAUGUUAGAGGUUAAAAUGGUGUUUCUGGAUGUGAAGCCGUAGACUGGAGUGGACUGUCAAUGUUUGAAUAUUUAUAUUAUUGCAAAGCAGCAACCACCCAAUGAAUUGAGUUUUUCUUCACGAAGAAACUUUUGAUAAUUAAAAGGUUCUCAUUACUAGAUACUGUCCUUUCUGCUCCUGUGGAACGUCCUCAUCCCCCUAACCCUCCAAUCACCCCAAACAAAAGAACAACCAAAACAUCUGAGACACUUUCUAGGUCGGCUGAUUUCUCUUUGGUCCAUUAAGUUGAUUGAGUUUUCUGUCUAGAGUCUGUCAUCUGGAAAAGAGGCAGAGAAAGAAGUGAUUUAUAUAAUUUAAUCUCUAUCUUGUUGACGUCAUAUUCUCAAAUUCCUUGAUGGGGCAGCUUGCAGGUGGUCCAAUGGAAUUUGAUGAGGAUAACGGGGCUGCUGGAAGUAUUCCUGAAUUUGGUGCAAUCUUUAUGUCAAAUGCCAUGACAAAGAAAGAGUGCUUUAGACGUAGAAUAUUUGCACUACCAUCUUCUAAGGCUGAAUUUGUGAAACAUGUUAAAGCUGGCAUGGUCUUGUUCCUGUUUGAAUUUGAGAAGAGACAGCUGUUUGGGGUUUAUCAGGCUUCUACUGAUGGUGCAAUGGACAUUGUUCCACAUGGAUUUAAAUAUUCAGGAAAGCAUUUUCCUGCGCAGGUUUGUUUCACACCAAUAUGGUACUGUGAUCCACUUCCUGAGAGAGAGUUUCGAGAUGCUAUUAGAGAGAAUUAUUUUUCUGCAAAGAAAUUUAAUUUUGGUCUGUCUGAAGAUCAGGUCCGCAGGCUUCUGUCUUUAUUCAGUUCAAGAAAAUUGAAAAAUAAGAUUCCCUCUUAUCAGCUGGCAGAAGUACUUGUUGGAGCAGCUGGUAAGGACAGAGGACUGGUGGGUGAUGACAGAUUUGCAAGUGAGAGAGAAUACAUAGAACCAACCCAAUAUGACGAGUUUAACUCUGCUGUAUUUUGUGAUUAUCAAUCAAACUCACUGGCUAGAGCCAACGAAGAUGAAGUCUUGAUGGAUGAUGUGGUCAAUACUGAAGGGGAGUUACGUCCUUUUGCUGAGGGAGAUAUUCUGGCUAAAAGGAGAAGAAUAGACAACGAUGUCAGGUUAAUUACAAAUGAUCUGGAAGAAAAUGGCAUAUAUAACCAUGGAAUUCUAAGGCCCUUUCACAUUGAUUCUCCAAAGCAUUCCUCGGAUGAUGAGGUAAGAAGAUUCGCUGAUGUGCGCCGAUUAUUGACAGUUGAGAGGGUACGGAAUGAAGAGCAAGUGGAUAAAGUUUGCAAUCCUGUUCUCUCUCCCGAGUACACGAUGGACCCACUGAAUGUAAGAACCAAUGACGAUGAUAGGGUUAUGCAGAGGAACAGAUUGUUUGGUGAAUAUAACAUCGGUAAUAGUUUUGGGCGGGUGUUUGCAAACGACCACUAUGGAAAGCCUUUGGACAAAAGCAAGCAUCAAGAUGAUCGGUUCUUGUUGGAUCAUCGUAUACAGAGAGGACAAAGUGUUUGUGAUAGUGUUAAACAUAUGUCCUAUAGUGGUGGCAACCUGAAUUUACAAAGGCCAGCAAGAGAAUUGAUAGAUGAUCACCAGUGCUCUAUGAAUUGGAAAUUGAAAAGUAAAAAUCUUUUGAAUUGUGAUCUUAGCCCUGUCAGUGCCUUUGAACACUCUGCCAGGCUUAUGCAUAAAGUAAGAAAUACAACUUCAGUUGGGAUAUUUCCAGUAAGUGACAGAAUCGAGAGUCAACCUGAUUUUGGCACUUCUUCUAUACAAGAUUUCUCUUCCGAGAAUUCUGCACACCUGUUGAACUGUGGUCGAAGGAUUAUUCAAGAGAGGAAGUAUCCGAUUGUGGAAGGGAGAUUAAAUGAAAGUAUGAUGGACAGCAUUCUCUCCUCACCCACCUUAGCUAGGAACACUGGGUAUAUUCCCAUUGUUGAUGGAAGAGUAGUUGAUCAUGGAAGGUUUAGAAAGAUUGAGAGAGUAGACAAUGAAGAGGAUAUUCACACUGUUAUUAAACCUGUCAACUCGAGGGAGUACCCCUCUUUCUCCAAGCAAAAGCAAAGUUUGUCUUCAUUUUCUGAUAAAUUGUUACCAGAAAAUGGGCUCUCUCAGCUAACUGUAACUCGUGAUUUUUACCCCUCUCACUCAAAGUUUGGUGAUGCAACUAUUACCAGAGCUGUCCCUUACAUACCUGAAAAACCCAAUUUCUCUCAGGGAUGCAGAGCAUCCACGGCAAAUAAUAAGAUAUCUAGCUUAGUGCGGGAAAAUCAUCCUCAGCCUGGUUCUCUAGGGAACUUUUACUCCUUGUCUAAUACUGUUUUGCCACCAUAUUUCUUGGAGUCCGAAAAAUUUAGCAGAUCCUUAGAUAUUUCACCUGAAUGUGGAAAUAGAGGUUUAGAAUUAAACACAUCAGGGCACCAAAGUUCCUUGCCUCAUGUACCCACUAGUUCUAUUCUAAACGCUGACUUGUCUAUGCACAUGAAUCUGAAUGCCUCCCCUCCAGGUAACUACCAAGGCUUGUUGUUUCCAAAGUGUUCUUUAACUUCUCUGCAGUCAUCUGAUCGUGGUAAUACCGAAGGAGAAAAGAGGUUCUUCGGUUAUGCCUCCAGAUCAAGUGAAAGUCAUUCUAUAUUUGCUAGGAAUCUUCCUACAGCAUCAGAACGUGUGAUCGAGGAUGUUCCUCGGCAGGAUAUGAACUUUGUGGUUGGUAAAGAUUUAGCUGGCUCUGCAUCAAAAGAUUACAGUGUUGGUGUUUAUCACCCAGAAAGAGAUUUGGCAAGUUAUAAAAGUGAUUGCUUUGGAAACUCUCGCUCUAUGAAUCUUGGGGAGCACCAUGGAAUCUCUAAAGCUCCAGAUUUUAACUCCAAUGUAAAAAGAAGAAGUGUGUUUACUCGGUUGAAUUGCAAACUAGAAUCUCAUGUUGGUGAAGAGAGAAAUGAUAGUCAUUUUAAUGGUCAUGACUGUUAUAUGGAUGCAUCAGCUGAUGAAGUCAUGGAUAUAUUGCAGCAGGUCAAUAAUCCAUCACCGAGGAAUCUCAGAGUAGUUGGAGCAGCUAAACAUGGAGAAAAUGCGAUGGACGAACUGAUCCAGAGUCAUAAUGACAGUAAUCACUCUAGACUGGAGAAGAAAAAGCUGAAUAAUGCAUGUGUAGGUACUGUAGAGAAUAUUGAUGAAAUGCAUAAGGAAACUCGAAUGGUGGAUUUUAAGCGUCGCAGUGAAACAAAGAAAAGCUUUGUUCGAAGUAGUAUCUGUUCAGUUGAAGGGAAUAAGAUUACUGGCAUUAGUGAAGAGGUUGAAAGCUCCAUGAAGAAGACUUUGAAACGCAAAAAAUUGAUCAGACCUGUAUUUAGGAAAGUUGAAUCUUCUAGUGACAUUAAAUGCAGCAACCAAAAUUUACGGCUUCCAGGUCAGGGGGUCCUUAACAAGGAUGAUAAGCAAAGUCGUGACAGAGCCUUCGGUAUAUGUGGAGCUGAGAUGCUCGGUAAUGAUACCAAAUUACGCAAUGUGUUAGCUUCAAGCACUAAUCAAUCCACCGGCUGCAAUACAAAAAAGCAGUCAAAUCCUGAGGAGCAGAAGGAAUUAGAAGCUCACCUCUUGCCAUCCAUAGGCCAUGAGUUCAGAGGACAUAAAACACCCGCUGUAGGUCUUCAAAUCGGUACUUCGCCAGUUCAACUCAAUGAAAAACCUCAGUGUGAGAGUUCUUGUACUCAAACUUCUGAUGAAGGCAUGUUGUGCAAAGAUAAUGAUGCAAUUGUCAGCUGCUUGAACCUGGAGGAGUCAGCAGGCCUCAGACUUGGUGCUGGUUGCAGGAACAACCUUAUAGAGGAGAAAAAGUUCAGCAAGUUGAAAAGUAAAAAGAAAAUUAGAAGAACUAACAAAAAAGGUACAGAGCCUUCUCAGUGAAGGAGAGCUGCAUUUCUUGAGAUGGCUUAGUUUGUUCGUCGCUGGAAGUCUCCUUAUACUCAUCGCAGCUGUUUUUUGUUGCUAAAUAGUUUUUGCCAGUUGAGUGACUGCUGGAAAAAUUUGGCAAUAUGCAAGGCCUGGAGUAAGAUGUAUCUUUUGCUUUUGUCAAAGCUACCAGGCAGGAGAGCUGACUAGGGUUUUAUGAUGGGGCUUUUUCUUGACUAUUGCUUGCGCUGAUUACAGGACAGUUUGUUUUUUGUGGAGAAUAAACUGAAGUAUACGUAUUCAGGAAGCUGUUUUUUUUAGCAGACCCAAACUCCAGUCAACUCUCCUUAGCAUGUAGAUUGCACUAUAACUACUUUAAGCUUUAAGUGUUCUGGUGUUAAUAGAGUUUUGUGUCAACAGCUGACGAAUUGUAUUAGCAGCUGCACAUUUUGUCUUUUGCCUGGCUGUAUGGGUGAUUGCUUCUGAGGCAGCGAGCAAAUCACUUUCGAUCUUGACUGAUUUCUUGAAGAAAUUAUUUUUUGACA